AUGAGUGUUGCAUCCAUUCCCCGAGUCCACGUCGAUGACCUGCAGGGAUUGAGUCUCGGGGAUCAUCCAGCCUCACAUAUGGUGCUGCCCUAUGGGGCCAGUAGUCACAGUCACCGCAAUGACCCCAUUCUGGGGGGUGCCCAACGAAAGUAUGACAAGGAGGUGCAAAAGUCAUUGGAACCAGCAUACGUGAUCCCCAGCAGUAACGGCGGUCGGGAGACGCUGGAUCCUCGCUACAAGAGGCAGAGCGAUCCUCGGAGAUUUUUCCGAGUUGGCAGGGUCUUUUCCAUGCUCUGGCAUGAGAAUGCAGGCUGGCAUGGAACUGUACUCAGCAAGAAAGUCUCUCACUCAUCAUCAAGCCCUUUCACCAGGGGAAAGUAUCAAGAGCCCAUAUACAGUAGCAUCCGACGCAUGAUAGUGGUCAAAGAGCAGCGGGGCUGCUGCUGGCCCAUCACCACUUACAGUGGGCAAGGCGUGGCCAAAGCUGGGAUCGACCGAAGCAAACAUGUUGUCCUUCAUAUGCGAGGUGAUAGACCUCGGAUUGUGCAGGCCGAGCCCCGGAUGGCCAAAGAGCCCCUGGAGGUUGACCCUGCCAGGCCUGAUCAGAAGCAGGAUUGCAUGUCCCGGGUGAACUUUGGCAAAGUUUAUACUGUUGAGCAUAAUGUCAAAGUUCUCCCCAUUGGCAAGAUUACGGAAGCGUAG